AUGCUCCCUAUCGCACUCGAGGAACUAUCGCUCAAGAAGAUCCUUAUAACAGAUACUGGCGCGAAGGCACUCAGACCAUCUACCAUACGUCUGGAAGCUCUUCGGACUCUCCAGUUACUGGAUAUAUUCCACCCAAUGCUCGAACCAGACACCUUUCCACGAAAUAAAACCCCCUGGCAAAAAAAAGAAAAAAGGAAAACCCCCCAAAGAAAACCCCCACCACACACUACUACGAACGACAACAUGACGAACACCUCCACAGCCAUGGACACAAACCUGGCCGGGCCAGCAGGAACGAUGAUACUAGAUGCCCCCCCCAACGCAGCCGCCACGUCCGCGAAAACCACCAAAAGAAAGCGUCCCAAUGCCCUCGAAAGGGAAGAUGGGGAGCUCGAUGACGAAGGGGGAGCCCACGAAGGCGAAAGCCAGGGCGACCCCCGCACAACCAACCCAACGAGCAACCCCCGCCCCCCCCCCACCAAGGCGCCCAACCCACCGCCCACCUAA